ACAUGUUCACUUCACACACCCUUGACCAUCACAUUUUUGCUUUACAAAUUGCCAUUGCAGCGUUUGAAUUCUUGCUCACAUGGCAAGCAAACCUCUCGAAUCAGCGUCCAAAACAAUGGGCAACUCAGUGGAUACCAAACAACAGCUCGAAAAACUGGAGGUGCCUUUCUUUAAAGCCUUACUCACUGGGACCAAACCCAAAAGUCGCGGCUUGCCCACAAUUCACCUAACCAUAGUUGCUUCAUCUAUUCUCACCGCAGGAUUGGUCAUCACUUCAUAGUAGAGUGGAUCAUUAUGUUCACGAGCAUCGUAUCGACAUACAUCCUCCCCAUAUUUCUAUGGUGGGCACGUGCAGCUGUGUAUUUAAGUGCUACUGUCGUCGAAAGGCGGAACGAAUUCAAGGUUGAACGCAACAAUAUUGAUACAGUCGAUGCAUGCACACUUAUACUGACUAUGUCAGUAUUGCACUACGUUUCCAUCUACUUGAUAAGUAGUAUUAUGUCUGUUGCUGCACAGUUUGCGACGAGUCCUUGGCCGUAUAACAAUGGCGAGCCCCGUAUCCACAAAUGCACAGUCCUUUCUGGCCUUCCGCAUCGUAUGACUACUACGCAUGACGGAUUAUAUGAGUCGUUCCCUACAUACGUGCUGGCUGCUGGCCUCACGCUAUACUGCCUGCCUGCCUCGGCUCCCUUAUCUUCUACCACCUCCCCUGCCAUUUCCAUCGCCGUGCCUUCCCUCGUCCUUCGCGUAUUCUCUAAAUUGAUUGUCUGACCUUGCGCGUACUUGACAGGAAUGCACAUUUUGCGCAGCACAGCGCAUAUGUUCGCAGAAAUAGCUCUAAUACUGGUGUUUUUUAGGCUUGGUUCAGGAGCUCCGUUUAGGAGCGUAAUAAUUGGACGUGAUCUUCGCCUCUACUGCAUAAGGUCUUUAUUUAUUAGCUAUGCUGUAUAUAAGUACUGGUAUAUAAAUUUGCUUGUCGAGGCGCGUCUCGUCACAA